UCCCAGUCCUGAGAGGAGACAGGCAGCCUGAGGCAGGGACCGGGCCAGCUCAGACAUAGCGCAGGCUGCUGCUUGGACAACAUCGGAAAAGAUAACUAUGAGAGGAGAUAAGUUCACCAGCUGAGCCGACCUGGCUGACAGCAGUUGUGCCGUUCUCUACACAGACCUCUGAAACUGGUGGUAGCCGAGAGUUCUUGGGAUAGUUCGCGGUCCCGGUAAAACAACUUGUUUUUUCGGACACUCUGCGGUGGCAGCAGCGGUCGCUGAAGCGGCGGCGACGGCUGGAGCAGGGCGUAGUGUGCGGGCUUUGGUGGCGUCGAUGGUCCUGCUGCUAGCGAAACAUGAACAAAAACCACCGAGUACCGAGCAGCCGUUCUCUGAGUGCCGUGGAGGUGAAAAGCAAGUUUGGCGCAGAGUUCCGUCGGUUCUCUCUGGAUCGCUCGAAGCCAGGCCGCUUCGAUGAGUUCUAUGGCCUUCUGCAGCAUGUUCAUCGCAUCCCCAACGUGGAGCUGCUGGUGGCCUACGCCGAUGUGCACGGCGACCUGCUGCCCAUCAACAAUGACGACAAUUAUCUCAAGGCCGUCAAGAGUGCCAACCCUCUGCUGAGGCUUUUCCUGCAGAGGAAAGAGGAAGCUGAUUACACAACAUUUGGUACAGACUCACUGACCAGGAAGAAGAAUACGGUGCUCUCUGCGGUUCUUCUGCGGCCGGACCCCAACAAGAAAAAGCCUCCAGUGAUCAUAAGCCUCCCGAAAGACUUCCGCCCUGUGUCGUCCAUCAUCGACGUGGACAUCCUCCCGGAGACGCACAGGCGCGUCCGUCUGUACAAGCACGGUCAGGAGAAGCCCUUGGGUUUCUAUAUCCGCGACGGCUCAAGCGUGCGAGUGACUCCACAGGGCCUGGAGAAGGUCCCCGGGAUCUUCAUCUCCCGCCUGGUGCCCGGCGGCCUGGCUGAAAGCACAGGCCUGCUGGCCGUCAACGACGAGGUUCUGGAGGUGAAUGGUAUCGAGGUGGUGGGCAAGUCUCUGGACCAAGUGACGGACAUGAUGAUUGCCAACAGCCACAACCUCAUCAUCACCGUGAAGCCUGCCAAUCAGCGGAACAAUGUUGUUCGCGGCGUUGGAGGAGGCGGCGGAGCUGCCUCUGGUAGUUCGUCGGACAGUGGUGCCAGUUAUCAUGGCUAUGUACCCCACGGCGCAGCUGCCACCGCCGGGCCGACACACAUCAUCCAGAACUUCCCUGUUGGGGAGCUGGAGAGCGACGAAGACGACGAGGACCUCGUGAUCGAAGUCGGGGGCGAGGCGGAGACCAUUCGGCGCACUCCGUCGAACUACAGCAUGCCGUCUCUGCCUCGCUAUGAACCGCACCUCAAUCUUCGCACCACUACUGCCGCCAAUUCCGGCUCUGCCUUCUCCAUAAAUGCCAACGGGAACCUGCGUGGCAGCGGCGGAUCUCUGACCAACACCAAUGCCAGUUCCACCACGCCGUCCCCCGACAGAGCGAAGGAGAGGCGGAGCCUGGAGGAGGAGGGCACAGUCAUCACGCUGUAGACUGGGUUUCAAUACACUGAUCACUGGGAGGUGCAGCAGCGUCUCAAACGCGUUCAGUGGCCUCAUCUGAGGAGCACAGUUAGAUGUGCAUGUGUUGAACGUCAAACACCACACCGUAUGCUGCUCCUUACAUGCCAAUCAUCAUGCUGGAGUGCCUAGCGGUGAUGAGAUGGAACACAGAGCCACAGCUGCUCUCCAGUUCAUCUCGAAAACAGUGAGGUUCAUGGGUUUUAGCUUUUUAACCGGUAAACUCAACACCUUCAUUUGGUCUUCAAAUAUUUUCAGUGAACAAGUUGGCUCCAUGGCAUUACAAACACUCUUUGCUAAGGAUUCACCAAUCCCGAUUUUGGUCGGUACCAUUUUUUAGAUAAGAUUGAUGAGUAAGAUUAGUUUCUUUUGUAAAUAUCUGCUGAUUGCUGAUCUCCCAAAAUGAAGGAAAUCAGGGCCAAUUUAUCAGUGCACCCCUACUCUCUCUGGCUCAGUUAUUAGAUGACAGUCGCUUCCAAUCACCUGCUUUUCAUCUAUUUAUAUUUACUCCAUUCAAAUGGUAAACACUACUUUCCAGCAACCUAGCAAGUUGUGGUUUUAAAGGUUUUUAACCAUUGUUAUUAUCCUUCUUCCUUUUUGUUCCUCAUUAUAAGGGUGACCAACUGCAAAAAGAAGGUUAUCGUUAUCAUUAUGGCCUUAGUGAAAAUAUUUUGCUCUUAAACAUGGAGAUUAUUUUUUCCUUAGAAGACCAAUUUUGAGUGGUGAUUAACUCCAGAAUAAGAUAUCUGUGAAUGAAUCCUACAAUCUGUCCUUCAUAUUGCACUCCUGCUUCUCAUGAUUGUUUCCUCUGCCAUUUGGUCGACUUGUAAAAUAAUGUGAAUGUGAUUUUCAUGGUUCUUCAUGGGUCAAUAUAUUUAAGAAUAUUCAGCCAUUUUCUAAAUCAUGCCAUGACUUCAUAAAGAUGUGGAUACACUUUUUAGCGCCAUUGGUGAAGAUGUUUGAACUGCUUUAAGUUAAACGGAUCGAAAAAAAAAGAAACUAAAAUUUGAGUCUCCCCCCGACCCCCCCCCAAAAAAAAAAAAAAAAUAAAAA